UCGCGGCGUCUCUUCUUCAUUUCAGUUUCAUUUCCCUUUCUUUCCCUGCUUCCACAGUUCAGUCUUCCACGAUGAACAGGUUCGUUGCAAGAAGACUUUUUGUAAAUGUAUAUUGCUUGAAGGUUCCGAGGAGGAAUUUGUGUAGCGAUGAAGCUGCAAAAGUGACAGCUACUUCUGAUUCUGGCCAACAAAGAAGUCAGGGUGAGGUGAAGCAGAGUUUUACAAGUAAUGAUCAUAUAUAUGAUGUUGCUAUUGUUGGAGGUGGUGUGGUUGGCAUGGCCUUGGCUUGUUCUCUGGCAACCACACCAUUGACAAAACAUUUGAAUGUUGCCAUCAUUGAUAGUAAUCCUGCUUUGGUGAAAAGAGGCUGCAUAAAGAAAGAAGACCCUCCUGAUCCAAGGGUCAGUACAGUGACACCUGCAACUAUAUCAUUUUUCAAAGAUAUUGGUGCUUGGAAAUACAUUGAAGAGCAUCGACAUGCAUAUUUUGAUAAGAUGCAGGUAUGGGAUUAUACUGGCUUAGCGUACACAAGAUACAAUGCAAGAGAUGUAAACAAAGAAAUUCUAGGGUGCGUGGUGGAGAAUAAGGUGCUUCAUAGUUCAUUGUUGUCAUGUUUACAGAAUUCUGAUUUACGGAAAACCAUUUACCCUUCAAAGUUAACUUCAAUGGCUUUGCAACAAAGCUGCUCUUCCAUAGUUGUGGACAACACAUCAGCAACAGCAUCGUUUACAGGAGGGCGUUUGGCGAAGUUGGAACUUAGUGAUGGCAACAACCUAUAUGCAAAGUUGGUGGUUGGAGCUGAUGGGGGCAAGUCACGGGUUAGGGAAUUAGCCGGAUUCAAAACAACUGGAUGGAGCUACUCACAGAAUGCUGUAAUAUGUACAGUAGAACAUACUAUAGAAAACCAUUGUGCGUGGCAACGGUUUCUACCUGCUGGUCCUAUAGCACUUCUACCAAUUGGUGAUAAGUUCAGCAAUAUUGUCUGGACUAUGAACCCAGAAGGUGCAAAAGACUGUAAAUCAAUGAACGAGGACAAGUUUGUGCAAACAUUAAAUCAUGCUCUUGAUUAUGGAUAUGGUCCUCAUCCGAACUCAAGCUCGUGGGGUGCUACAGAUAUGUUUUCUUGGCUGGGAAGAGAUGUAAGUGUAUCAGCAAACGAAUCCUUUGAAGUGCCACCAAAGGUGGUGAAGUUGGCAUCUGAAAGAAUGGUGUUUCCGCUGUCUUUAAAACAUGCCAAGGAGUAUGCAUCAAAGCGAGUAGCUCUAAUUGGCGAUGCGGCUCAUACUGUUCAUCCUUUGGCUGGUCAAGGAGUUAAUUUGGGUUUUGGAGAUUCACUCACUCUUUCUAGAAUCAUCGCCCAGGGAAUUGCGGUGGGCACAGACAUCGGAGAGGUAUCCUUGCUGAAAAAAUAUGAAGCAGAAAGAAAACCGGCAAAUAUAAUGAUGAUGGCUGUUCUGGAUGGUUUUCAGAAGGCUUACUCUGUUGAUUUAGGGCCUCUUAAUAUUCUGCGAGCAGCUGCAUUUCACGGGGCUCACUAUAUUCCAUUUCUGAAGAGGAAUAUUAUUUCAUACGCCUCUGGAGAACGGAAACUGCCCCUGCCUAUACUCUUUUCUUGAGUGCCAUUUUUCUGAACAAUAAUUUUGACCAAAAAACAAUUAAGUCAAACUGAAUUUGAUGUUGUACAUAAUUAAAAAUAAAUAAGACUCUUUUGUUUUCAAUAGUUCAAA